UUCCUUGGUAUGGAGCACAGGCAGCACCUCAUCGCUUAAAGGUAGAUCGCGAUCAGUACUCUAGUCUCAUCACUCCUAGUCACAUAUAUUCAGCCUGUCCUAUGGCCGUGUCUACGCUCGAGUCGCGAGCGACAUCACUGAGCCUAGGCGGCUACGUCGGAUGGCAAAAUCGGAUUGAUUUGGUGUUUCAAGUGUCUCCCAUUUUCCCUUCCCAGCUCCUUACACACACGAGUUAGAUCAGACAUCUUAUCAAAGCACAGGCGAUGAAGUGGGUUUGAGAGGUAGCGUCAAAGAGGAUAUGCUACCCCCACUCCCAACUCUUGUAGGGCAAAUUGCAAGGCGCCUGCAUGUCAAAGGCGAGCGUCCUCUCCUGCAACACAUGUCACACCAUCCGAUGACCGUUGCUGAUGUCGAGGCUCUGGUCCCUGCACUCAUGAGUAGACGCAAGAUCAUGGACCAGCUGGUCAUCAACAUCGGCUACUUUAGCGCUAGAAGCUUGAUACCGUCCUCUGAUCUCGAGAACAUGCUUAUCCACCUCCUCGUUGUAGGUGAUGAACAGCAUUACCUGUACGAAGAAGCCAAAACCCGUACCGAACUAGAACGCCGCCGCUACCGACACUUCGAGCACAUGCAGCGCCAAAAACGGAUCAAGGAUAUCAAGGAUCUGAAAAAAAAGGGAAGGCAAGUGAGCAGCGUCCACCAUUGUGAGUCUAUUGGCGACUUCUCUCUUUCGCGACUGCACUCCGGACCGGGCCUAACGGAUCGGAAGUAUCCCAGGGUCCGGCUGCCGCAGAAUGACACGCGACAGGUGAGCUUAAUGCCCGAUCUAUCAGUGUCUGGGACGAGUACGAGUGUUGAGCACGGUAAUAUGUGGACAAGAACUGGAUCGCUUUCUGAGUUUGUGUUUGGAAGGGAAGGAAGGGGCGGGAAGAUUGUUGUGAAGCUUCCACUCAAAGAGCCUUCAUCUUGAGCCUAAGUUUCUGCCUUUGCGCCUAGGACGAGAGGAGCCGUUCAGAACACCAUUAAUUAUUAGAAAUAACAAAAGCUGUGAAACUUUCCUCGGA